AAAAUCUGGCGAGGUACUUUGACCACGAUUUGCGUAAUUAAUAAAAAUCUGAUUCACACAAAAGAUUAGUCAAAAAGUAGCGUUGGACAUUCGCGGUUCACUUUUCGACGUGUGCCGCUUUUCAUUUCACUCGAAAAUCGUGUAAAACCCUUGAACAAGUGUCUGACACAUUUUUUGUGUUUCAUGUAAUGCUUUUACGACGUAAAUAAAACUUGAACUUCAAUUCGUCUGGAUGCAAUUGCGAGAGAAGCUGAACAAAACAAUAAAAAAAAUUAGAUCAGAUUAGAAUCUAUUUUUAGAAAAUCACUUAAGAAAAGUUUAAUUCGCGAAAUGACAUCGUUCAAAGUGUGGCAAGCGACGUACACAUGUCUCAAGGACACGCACGAUGAUGCCUUCAAAGCGGUUGAUCGAGCCAUUAAAUUAGAGGAGUUGGAAAAGCCCGAAUUAGCCAUUCAAGAGUACAAAAAAGCCGUAACGUUGAUCGAUAGGGCUUUGAAUAUCAUCGUUGAACCGCCCGAGGAACUGGAUGACACGUGGAACGAAGGCGUUAAAAUGGUGAACAAGAUGAAAAGUGCUCGUGAAGAGAUUUUGAUGCGAGUUGCUGCUGUCGAUAAGGGCAUUGAGAAACGAAAAAUGCAAGAAAAGCCGGUUGAAAUUAAUGCUGUGAGUACCCGUCCUCGUACUUAUGAAGAACUUGCACAAGCUUUGCGGGACAUGCAGUAUAACGAAUUGAAUGCUGUUCAAUAUCUGGAACUGUUAUUCUCGUGUGAUGAAGUCAAAUUCUACCGAAUUAAGGUUACGGGCGAAGUUACGAGUGGUCAGGAAGUAUCAACCUUCCGCAUUGUGCGAUUGGAGAAGGAUGACAAACAAAAUUUGGAUUCUACGAUAUUUUUGCAAGUAAUUCCCACAAAUCAUGCGACAAGAAUCGAAAAUGCGGAAGAACCAUUACUCGAAUUGGACGAAGCUUCGUUGGUAUCUCCCGAAGAAAGGCCUCCGUCGAUGACAACGUCUUCCUGCCAAACGACAGAAGAUGAUCUUGGAGCAGUUGGAGGCGAAUCUCGUGACCCAUCAUGGGUAUAUCCCAUCAUUCCGGGUGUUUCGCCGUGUUAUCGCACCGAAUAUGGCGCCUUCAUCUUCCCGGAUCUCGAAACAAACGACGGAAGUGCCGUCGGAAUUGUCUUGCCCGAGGGCGCGGAUCAAGUUGUACUCGAAAUUUUGGUCGAAUUACUUCAGGGCGUCAUGAAAAAGGGCGGCGUCAUCGAGUUUGGCGACGCCGAAGUCACUCGUGUGCGUCGAAACGUUCCCGUACGCGUUUCCGAAACAAUUGUCAAGGGCGCUUACUACAUUUCCAAAGGCAUGAUAUACUCUGCUGAGAAAACCGGCGAAUUUCUGAACUACAGCACGCCGUAUCUCAUCUCAAAAAUCCAAAAAGCCGAGCCAAAUACGCAACAACCCAUCUCGGGAAAUGUCAAUACGAGCAUUCAAGUCGCCAAAACAGUGACAGGCGUUGCGGCAAAAUUCACAGGAUACGUUGCGGGCAAAGUUGGUUCCGCAACAGCUGGUUUGGGACAAUGGUUAGCGCCACAUAUCCAAAAACGUGGUUCACAAUUGCUCACACACUCUUUCGGAUAUGAUCACGACGAGGCAAAUGAAACGAUGAAAGAUGUACUUACGAUAGCAGCAGGCGCUGUUGAGGGAUUCGGGACUGUUUACAGCGGAUUAGAGAAUUCAGCGUCAAUUUUGGGACGAAGUUUGAGCCAAAAUACAGUAAAAGUCGUUGAACAUCGUUACGGACAAGAAGCGGGACUUGCAACGGGUGAUACUUUCGAUACUGUGGGCAACGUCAUCAACUUGAGUCGCGAUAUAAACAUUUUCACACCGAAAGGAUUCGCCAAAAAAGCCGUCAAAAAUACAGGAAAGGCAGUUGUAACGGAUUUUCUGCCGAGAUCUGACUCGAUGACAGCCAGUUCGAGUCUCACAGGCAUCAAUUAUGCGAAUCUCUCCGUACUUGCCAAAGAUCUUGCCAAGGAAAAGAAUUAGGAAUCAUCUAAAUAACCGGGAAACGGGAACAUAGAACGCUCAUCUGUACUUUAGCAACAUUUUGUGACAAUAAAUAUCCAGAGCUUGCAUAUUUUUGGAACCCCUUAGUUAGAAACCAGACAUGAAAUGCUGUGAAAAUACAAAAAAAAUAUAUAUUUA